GUGGUCGUUAUUGCAAGUUUGAUCGGUUUUGUUACAGACACCUUCCGUAUCCGUUCUACCUCCAGGAUAUCCUCUUCUCGCUCCAAUAUCUCCAGCAUGUCGCUUACCGUCCUCUCGUCUGGGAUGUUGGUGUACAUGGAUUGCAUGUCGAAACUUACCAACAAGUUUAUCCCCACCAGCCCAAUGUUCUGGAUCUUCUAA